ACCAGCGAAGUAGGUCACACACUCAACGAACUACAUUGCCCACAAUUCCACCGAUCACUGGUACUCUGAGCUGUGCCUGGUGACCAUGGAGUUUUCUAGGGCUAUCUGACGCAGGGUAGAGGGAUAAAAACAUUGAAAUAACUGAGCUGCAAACGAGUUUGACACAAAUAGACCCGGAUCUUUUGAAAACUGAAAAUGGGUUCCCGAAUAAAGGGCAAUCCAGAGACCGCGUUUGAAGUCUAUGUUGAAGUCACUCAUCCUGGGAGCAGCAGUUCAGAUCCUGAGGUGCGGCGGCAGUUCCCUGAUGACUACAGCGACCAGGAAGUGCUACAGACUUUGACCAGGUUUUGCUUCCCCUUCUGUGCGGACAGCCUAACGGUCAGCCAAGUCGGCCAGAACUUCACGUUUGUGCUCACUGACAUUGACAGCAAGCAGAGGUUUGGCUUCUGCCGAUUAUCUUCUGGAGCCAGAAGCUGCUUUUGUAUCCUGAGCUAUCUUCCAUGGUUUGAAGUUUUCUACAAGCUCCUUAAUAUCCUUGCUGAUUACACAGCCAAGGGACAGGACAGCCAGUGGAAGGAGCUGCUGGACACACUCCAUACCCUCCCGAUCCCCGACCCAGGCGUGCCUGUACACCUCAGCGUGCAUUCCUACUUUACUGUGCCUGAUAUAAGAGAACUCCCCAGUAUACCAGAAAAUAGAAACCUAACUGAAUAUUUUGUAGCAGUAGAUGUCAAUAACAUGCUUCAUCUGUAUGCUAGUAUGCUUUAUGAACGUCGAAUCCUCAUCUGCUGUAGCAAACUCAGCACUUUAACUGCCUGUGUCCAUGGGUCGGCAGCCAUGUUAUACCCCAUGUACUGGCAACAUGUUUACAUUCCCGUUCUCCCACAACAUCUAAUUGACUACUGCUGUGCCCCCAUGCCCUACCUCAUAGGAGUGCAUUCAAGUUUGAUGGAGAAAGUGAAAAGCAUGGCCUUGGAAGAUGUGGUGAUCCUAAAUGUAGACACAAACACACUGGAAACACCAUUUGAUGAUCUUCAAAGUCUUCCUAAUGAUGUGGUUUCUUCUCUUAAGAACAGACUGAAGAAAGUGUCCACGACCACGGGGGAUGGGGUGGCUCAUGCGUUCCUCAAGGCCCAGGCAGCGCUGUUUGGCAGCUACAGAAAUGCCCUGAAGAUUGAACCAGAGGAACCAAUAACGUUCAGUGAAGAAGCCUUUGUGUCUCAUCGGUCAAGCGCCAUGCGGCAGUUUCUGCAGAAUGCCAUUCAGCUCCAGUUAUUCAAACAGUUUAUUGACGGCCGCUUGGAACUUCUCAACUCUGGAAAAGGUUUCAGUGAUGUCUUUGAGGAAGAAAUCAACGUGGGAGAAUAUGCAGGUAGUGAUAAAACCUACCACCAGUGGCUUUUCACAGUGAAGAAAGGCAGCGGAGCCAUUAUAAAUACAGUGAAAACGAAAGCCAACCCUGCCAUGAAAACAGUCUACAAAUUUGCCAAGGACCACGCCAGAAUGGGUAUAAAGGAGGUGAAAAAUCGGUUGAAACAGAAGGAUAUCGCUGAGAACGGAUAUUCUGUGGCAACGGACGAAAUGCAACCGAGGGUCACCGCAUCCCCGUCGACAGAGAGGAAGGAGGGAAAACAGAGGGAGGAGCGCAGGCCAAUCACAGUGCAUUUUGGGCAGCCUGAGCAACAGCGGCCCCCCCGGCCUCCCCCUCCAAAGCUCCAGCGCUCCACCCGGCCCGCCCGCCCCUCCAGGCCCCCAGUUGUGAAGAGACCAGGGAGCAAUGUGGUGGACGAAGGGGGAAGGACCUCGGUAUCUAGCCCAGAACACAUGGCCAGGCCCACCCGGCACUACACCGUCUUCCUGUCUGAGGAUUCCUCUGGGGACGAGCUCCAGCAUGAGCACCAAUCUGUCUCGGCCUUCUCUGAGAACUUUCUCUUCUCCGCUCCCUUUGAAUGGCCUCAGCCUUACAAGACACUGAAGGAGGCUGAUAUUGCAGAGGCUGAGAAGGGGAUGGGCCACACAGCCCCUCCCAGCCCCGUUGCCUCACAGAGGAUCACAGAGAUUAACCUGCUGGGCGAUAUCUUCAGCAGUCUGGAUGUGGACUUGGAGAAGCAGCCCCUGAGCCAAGCCAAGAGUCUGGAGGACCUGAGGACCCCCAAAGAGGAGGGACCACAGCAGGUCAAGUUUGGCUAUCAGCGAAUGGACCCAGCUUCAGACAACAGGACCAGAACGUUACCAGGAAUGAAGCAUUCCAAUCCUUACAACAAGCUGUGGAGUGUGGGUCAAGACGACAUGUCCACCUCCCCCAACACCUCCCUCAGCUCCUCGGAGCGGCCCCUGGCUAUCCCUCCAGUCGUCUCCUCUGAACAGCAGCGCCCCCCGAGCACAGAGGGCAUGUUGGAGAAGACAGAGCACCUCUCUGGCAGCCAGAGUAACAUCACCAUCCCUCGACCGCAUGGAAGGAGAACCCCAGAGCUGGGCAAGGUUCUGCCCCCGCCAGUCCCGGUGCCACGAGUGGGAAAACACCCACCCCUAGCUGGAGCAGUAGACUCUGGAAAGACUUCAUCCAGUUCUGAUUUAGUCUCUGGGUUCUCACAGGAGCUCUUUGGUACCAAAGCCAGCAGUCAUGAAUUCAGGCAAGCACUAAACGCGUCUCCCUUGCCUAUGCAUUCAAGUGCCCCUGAUAUUCUGAAGCCUAUUAAAGUCAGUUCAGAAAGUGUUGGACCAGUUGACCUCUUAAGUCUUUUAGAUCCGUUGAGCACAGGCGUAGUCUCCCAGAGUAGCAGUCAAGCGCCAAGCCCUGGAAAUGUGUCAGCCCCUACAGUGUCCUCCAGCCCUGCUUUAUUUACAGUGUCCUCCAGCCCUGCUUUAUUUACCUCUGACUUUAGUUUACCUGCUUCCACGUACAGCCAGCAGCUCGGAUAUCCUCCUUCUGCAGUGGCUCAGUUUCCACCGUCAUCACUCAAUCCAUUUACUAAGCCUGGCCUCCACUACCCUGCAACCGCUCCACCAGGCGCGCAUUAUGUUGCCCCGGCACGCAAUCCUUUUAGCUCAAACUAUAUGUCCUCUAACGCGGGAUUCUUCCAAGCCCCAGCUAGACCUCACUUUGCCGCUCCGUCUCUUCCGGGAAUGUUUGGUCAGCCUUCUGCGUUGGUACAAGCUAGCGGAGCUUUUAUUCAUCAGAGCCCAAGCCCAGUGCCGCCCAGCUAUGACCCUCUGAUCCCCCCAAAGCGGGUCCACGCCAUGAGUGACAGUCCGCUACCCCCGUCGAAAUCACAAGAGGAGCCGCAAGACCCGUUCGAGGAUUUGUUAAACGUAACGAAGGAGGACAUAGUAGUCCCAGGGCAGGGCCGAGUGGUACAGCUAAGAAAGAGAUGGGAGACCUUUGAGUAAAUACCAGGAAUAACUAGGACAACAGGCUGGAACUUAAGAGACAAAAUGGGAGAGUACUACUGCUGGACAGAACUGGAUUUUAGCUGGCAUUAAGUUUGUAAUGAAACAGCUAUCCUGCGUUUUCGCUGAUAAUUUAGUAACUAGUGUUUGACUCUGCUGAGCCACCUUAAAUCCAGUGGCUGUAAUGUAUUCACUUCUCUCCUUGAUUUGAGCCUUCUUAAACACAUACUAUUAUAAGCCCUUGCUUACGCAGUGCAAUUCCACCAUGUUCUGCCGUGUUUAAUGCAUUUUUUGCUGCCUUUUUGUGUUGUUUUUACUGCAAGUGUUGUUUUUUAUUGUCACUGAAGUGGCCUGUACUCACAAUUACAGCUUUGAUGUUGUUCAUCUCUUUUCACCUUGGUUCAGUUUCAUGUAUAUCUGGUAGUAACACUGAAAAGCGCUCUGUAGUUUUAAGGCAAAGCUCUCUAGUCAAGCUGGGGUUUCUUCACCUUCUGUACUAGUUAGAUUUUUGUAGAACUCAAGUUGACUGAACAGAAACAGUACCUGUUAGUUUUGUAUAUAAGAAUUCAUCAAUAUACAGAAAUGAUUCUCCUGUAAUAUUUUUUGAAGAAACCAGUGUUAUUUUUUUCUUUUCAGAUAUAGAGUUUGUGUUUCUGACUCAAGGUGAUAUUGUGGUGGUGUGUUUUGCUCCCAUAGCAUUGCUCAACAGUGUACUUAACCUGCUUACAAUAGCAAGUGGCCUUCCAGGCAUAAAAAGUAGUUACAAUUACAUCCGUGUCAUUAAUCAAGUUGGUCGAUUUGCAUAAACCCUGUGGGUUAUACGUCACCCUUUAAUUUAAAGUAAAGCUGUGAAAAAUAAAUCUGAAGAGCUGGAGUGUGUCUAUUGCUAUAGGUUCCUUACUCAUUUAAAUUAUGUGGGUAAGUAGUGAGAUUCUGAGCUGAUAUUUAAAAUGUGUAGACAUACUUCCAGUAUGUUCUGCUGCUUUACUUUGUAUUAGAUUUAGCAAUGUUUUUCCCAUUGUUUUGUGCUGAAUGUCUGUAAGUUGUUGGCUUGUUGUGUUUCUUUUGUAUUCAGUUUGGAUUGCAGAUGCAUCACAUACAGCUUAUUGGUCCCUAUAAGAGCCUGUGCAGCACACGGUCUACAAUAGAGCGCAAGUAAUUAGGUACCAACAAAAGCUUGUAAUCUGUAUUGCAGUUAAUAGAGAUAUGCAGAGAACUAGAAGAUCUGCAGCACUAGAAAAGGGGUUGCUUGUGCAAGUAAGUGGCAAGAAAUAACCCUUGGUUAUAACUUCAUUUAUAGUUAUGUAUAAAAUACACAGUAGAGGUCGCUAUAUUUCAAGCAUCAUAAUGCAAGUACCACAAGUACCAAAACCAUUUUUUCCCAUAUUAUAAAAACCAUGCCCUCCAUGAUGGGAAAUUCCUUGGAUGAUGAAUGUGUGACUGACGACUGUAGCCAGUGUUUGUCAUCUAGCAGGUACGCCAGCUGUGUCAAGUAUUGUUGAUUAGUCAUCAAGAGUGUAUUGCAUGGGACCAAUGCCAACCUCAGUGCCUGUGCAGAUACAGACUAUGAUACUGUACUAGAUAUUUGUUCUUGUUGGUGUGUUUUCUGUGUUUGCUUGUGCAUUUAUAGACUGUAGUCUGUCUCAACCUGCCCUGUAUAUUUAUUGAUACUCAACCUAGCGUUCACUGGGCAAAGCGUAGUUGACUGGACUAGGCUCGUCUAUUGCCUUCACUGUAGAUGAAGCAGUGGACUAGACGCAAUAUUAGGAAAGCACCAGAAACAAGCCAAUUUCUUUUGAGUGUUUGUCUUUCUGGUCUUAAUACCAGAAUACACAGGCAUGCAACCAAGUGUAAACUGCAAACAGCAAUACAAUAAAAAUGAGCCUUAUUUGAAGGCCUUUUGAUCAAUAUUGUGCCAUCUUAUCUGUUUACAUCAAGAGUUAAAUAAAUGGUCUGUGUUAGAUCCAGUAUAUUUAAAUACGAUCAGUCACAUUUACCCACAUGGGUCCCAGAACACUUUGACAUAUUUGUGUUUUAAUGCCAGUAUAUUAACCAGAACACUUUGACAUAUUUGUGUUUUAAUGCCAGUAUAUUAACAAUCACACCGAUACAUGUAUUUAUAUUGCUGUUUAAUCAGAGUCUAGUAAGCCCAGUUCACUGCCCUGCCUCACCUAUUUGUGUUGUCUUCCAUUGAAAUGAUACUAUAGAACUUUACAAUAUACAGCUUUUGGACUGAAGUACAAAUUCAAAUACUAAUAAUUUGUUACCACGUCUGAAAAUGGUUUUCUGCGAUUGUGAUCGUUCUGUUUUUAUUAUUUCAGUUGUGGUGGUAUUGAGGUUCAUCAUCCUUUAGAUAAAUGAAACUGACCCCUGAAUAUUGCACUAGUCUUGGCAGUUAUUCGUGUUUCUGACCUUGUAAAGUGAUGAGGGCACUAAAUGUUUAGAAUAGUUUAAUAAAAAUAUGGCUUUAUCCUUUGUGCUGAAAUCAGUAGCACUGCACUCCAGCCAGCUGCACGUCAUUGGAAAGAUUACUGCCAUGUUAAAUACAUUAUACAAACUUUGGUUUAGGUGCGAUCCACACAGAUGUUAUGUUGCACACUAGCUUUUUAUCAUGCUUGUACCAUGCUUCUUAUAUGCAUUUACAUUGAUUUAUCAUGAGUUUUACCAUGCUUAACCACACUUGCCUGUACUUUAUCAAGUGCUCACUGUUUUACUUCACUUAGCUAUGUCUAGAAUGGUAUACUGCAGUUAAACUAAUUUGUAUUGGGGAUGGAGUCAGGUAUAUUAUUGGCUACACCAUUAGUAAAGAGAUGUAUUAUAUUAAUUGUUAUUAUUUCUCCUUAUUCAUUCAAACAUAAGGGUAAACAAUAAAAUAAAUAGUUACUUAAAACAUUUCUCCUUAAAGAACCUGUCCAGUUUAUACUAAAGUAUUAUUUUCUGUUAAAGAAAACAAAAUAUUGUGCUUUCGUUGUGCCUAGCUCAAUAGAGUUAUUUUUGUUUUUAUGAAAUCUGAAAUGCUGUAUAUAAGUCGCAGGUGAAAAAAGUGUUCCUAAAGGAUUUGCUGACAAACUUAAUAUUACAGUGAGUUGAUAGACUCCAGUACUAUUGGUUCUGUAUGAGCCUUGCUUCCUUUACUUAAUAUUACAGUGAGUUGAUAGACUCCAGUACUAUUGGUUCUGUAUGAGCCUAGCUUCCCUUGUUUAAUAUUACAGUUAGCUGAUAGGCUCCAGUACUAUUGGUUCUGUAUGAGCCUAGCUUCCCUUGUUUAAUAUUACAGUUAGCUGAUAGGCUCCAGUACUAUUGGUUCUGUAUGAGCCUAGCUUCCCUUGUUUAAUAUUACAGUGAGUUGAUAGGCUCCAGUACUAUUGGUUCUGUAUGAGCCUAGCUUCCCUUGUUUAAUAUUAGUUAGCUGAUAUUGGUUCUGUAUGAGCCUUGUUUCCUUUGUUUAAUAUUACAGUUAGCUGAUAGGCUCCAGUAUUAUUGGUUCUGUAUGAUCCUUGCUUACUUUGUUUAAUGUGUUUUUGGCACUUGAACAAAACACUACAGGCAAAACAAGAAAACCAACGAUGACUUGAAACGAACACUAAUCAAGUGUGAUCAGCUCAUUCAGACCAGGGCCUGCUUGCUGCUUGUUUAAACUCAUUUCAGUAAUACACCUACAGAAGGGUUCAUCUGAAACACAUAACUGGGUGCUGCUUUAGUGCAGGUUUUAAGCCACAGAUUAAUUAUUUGAAUGGUUUGAAAAUACAUCUGUAUAUUUAAUAUAGGGUAGUCAACUCCAGAAAUGGUAUAAGUAAAUUAUUUUUCUUAGUGAGUCCAUAAACUGUUGAAUAAUAGGUAUUUUAGAUUAUCAGGCUGUAUACCAAGCCAAAUGAAAUAAGUAGAAAAAAAUCUGGGUUUUAAAAAACUAUUUGAACGUCAUAAAAACGUAUUAUAGGAAAGUCACGCAAUGUUGGUCCCCCAUUAUUUCAACUGCUGCUGGAAAAAAAAUAGGCAGUGAGGUGACACUUCCCAAUUUUACAAAGCAGAUGUUUUCCCUUAGCUUUUAAUGUUGAUCGCUGUGAAGAAGGCUGGUUCUGUACAGUGUGUUGCAGUUAAGUGAUAUCCUGCUAUACAACACACCCAGGGGAAGUCAGGAGAUCAGAUGAAGAAUUAGCAGCCUAGAUUGCAUGGAAAGGUACUUCAGAAAGAGGUAGAGCUGCUAGCACAGACUGGAAUAACAGCUUUAAGGACCAACUUUUCCAGUAAUGAGAAUAUUUUAAAAUGCACUUUUUUCCUUAAUAGAACUAAAAAUGAAACCUGCUAUAAUCUCUACAGGCGUGUUGGAGAUUAUAUUUUAAAAGGUAUUUUAUUGUUUUUUCCAGUAAUAACCCUGAUGCAAACUUUGUGUUCACAAUUUGAAACGAAGCCAAAGAAUACAAAGCAUGGGGAUUGACAGGGUGUGUGUUAUACAUGUUGCUGAUGAAUAACAAUACAUUUUAUACUCAGGUGCCCCACUUUUCUCUCCUUGGUCACAAUGAAACUGCAAAUCACUGAGAGGUGGAUUCAACCCCAACGCAGAGGUGGUUUAUGACCUGCGUUACCUCCCUGUUCUAUGGUGACAUUUAUUCAAAUUUCAGAGACACGUUUUCUUUAAUGUUGUCACAGGAGUUUUUUUUUUUGGUGUGCUCUGACAGUGCUGUCCAAUAGCCUGUAGGCCAUUGCAUACUGAAUGUUUCCUUAUCUGAAUUGAACACACAAAAUUGGCAUAAAUAUUAAUUAAUUAUUAAGUCUAUAUUUGUUUCACAGGGUAACGCAUUGAUUUUACAGACACCGACCAAUGAGAUUCACUGCAGUCAUCUCCAAAAUUUCAUUUUCACACAGAACACAAACACAUUACAGCACAGUCUGCAACGGCUUUAAGUUUGAAUAGUGCCACGAAACAGGGACAUAACUUGGGGCAGCACUGUGUUGCAGAAUGAAUGUGCCACUUUGUCGGUAGUAAAAUGUUCUUUUGUGAACCUCUUGUAAUAUGUGAGAAACUCUGUAAAGAAAAAUGCUUCCUGAACAAUGUAAUUCUUUUCUUCUCUGGUGCCUCUGAAGUCCUUGUAGAAUGGACGCCUUCUGUUUUGAUUCUUUGCAUUGCUGUACAUGUUCAAUUGUUUGUAUUGGAUGUUUGCUCCUGGAUAAAACUGUGUUCCUGUCGUCGUGAUUUUUCCUGA